UCUCAGUGAAAAAUAAAAAAUCGUUCAAAACGAGUAUAACUAGAGAAUGCAGCUCACCUCAUACAUGUGAGGCAUUGCUUACUGCUAAAACCUUGAAUACCGCAAUAUUAUUUCCAUUCUUUGAUGAAAUUCUAUAAAAUCGUUGAUUAGGAUGACAAACAUGGAGAGUGCCCCAUCUUACUCGAUAUUCUCAGCUGCCGAUUCUAGGGACAAAAUUCUGAUGUUGGUAGGCACAAUUGGUGCCAUUGGGAAUGGACUCUCACAGCCUCUAAUGGCUCUCAUUUUUGGCAGCUUAGUAAAUGCUUUUGGACAGUCCCAAACGAACAACAUUGUACCAAUGGUGUCCAAGGCUUCACUUAAAUUUGUGUACUUGGCUCUGGGGUGUGGAUUUUCUGCUUUUCUCCAGGUGUCAUGUUGGACAAUCACUGGGGAGAGGCAAUCUGCUCGAAUUAGGAGGCUAUAUUUGCAAGCUAUACUGCGACAAGAUAUUGCUUACUUUGAUGAGAAAGUAAACACUGGAGAAGUCAUUGAAAAGAUGUCUAGUGACACUUUUCUUAUCCACGAUGCCAUUGGUGAGAAGGCGGGAAAGUUUGUUCAAGUUACAACAACGAUGCUUGGAGCCUUUGUGAUUGCCUUUGUAAAAGGGUGGCUACUUGCACUAGUCAUGUUUUCAGCAAUUCCUUUGACGGUCAUGACCUCUGCUGUCAUGUACUUUCUCAAUUUCAAGAUAAAUUCUCUGGCUCAAAAAGCGCGCAAUGAUGCUGCCAACGUAGUGCAUCAAACAAUUGGCUGUAUCAGAACGGUUGCAUCAUUUAAUGGGGAGAAACAAGCGGUGGCUAACUACAAGAAGUUUCUUGCUAGCUCCUAUAAAUCCGACAUGCUACAAGUCUUGUGUGGUGGAUCGGAUUUCGCACUCCAUAUCUUCAUCAUGCUCUGCACGUAUGCUAUGGCUGUUUGGUUUGGUGCCAAAAUGAUCAUACAAAAAGGUUUUACAGGAGGGGAAGUGUACACUGUGCUCCUUACAGUGUUAAUGGGAUCUUUUUCUAUGGGUCAGUCAUCACGUCCACUAGCUGCAUUUUCAGCAGGCCAGGUAGCGGCAUUGAAUAUGUUUAAGACGAUAAAUAGGAAACCGACCAUUGAUGCUUAUGAUACAAGAGGAAAGAUGUUUAAAGACAUUCGUGGAGACAUAGAGUUAAAGCAUGUCACUUUCAGCUACCCAUCAAGGCCAAAAGAGCUUAUAUUUGAUGCAUUUUCUCUAUUCAUUCCCAAUGGAACCACUGCAGCUUUGGUUGGGCAGAGUGGAAGCGGGAAGUCAACUGUAAUUAGUUUAAUAGAGCGGUUUUAUGAUCCACUUUCUGGUGAGGUAUUGAUUGAUGGAACUGAUCUCCGAGAAUUUCAGCUGAAGUGGAUUAGAUCAAAGAUAGGUUUGGUUAGUCAAGAGCCAGUGCUUUUCAAUGCCAGCAUCAAGGAUAAUAUUGCGUAUGGCAAAGACGAAGCAACUUUGGGCGAGAUUAUAGCAGCAGCAGAAUUAGCAAACGCUAAAGAUUUUAUUGAUAAACUUCCCCAGGGGAUGGACACCAUGGUUGGGGAACGUGGCGUCCAGCUUUCUGGUGGUCAGAAACAAAGAGUUGCCAUAGCUAGAGCAAUUAUAAAAGACCCUAGAAUUCUACUUCUAGACGAGGCAACAAGUGCACUAGAUGCAGACUCAGAGAGAAUUGUACAAGAGGCGCUGGAAAAGAUUAUGAUGAAUCGAACGACUGUUAUUGUUGCACAUCGCUUAAGCACCAUUAGAAAGGCUAAUAUGAUUGUUGUUCUUCACCCAGGAAAAGUGGUUGAGAAAGGCACACAUGUUGAAUUACUCAAGGAUCCUCAUGGGGUGUAUUCUAAUCUGAUACACUCUCAAGAAGUAAAUGAGGACAUGGAGAAAAACAUUGACAAUAGAUACGAGAUAUGUACUUCAAAAUUUGUCUUGGAGCGUAAUGUAACAUUGUCAUCUACGCGUUCCCUGAGUUCUGGGUCAUUGGGAAUGUCAAGUACGAGUCCUCGGUCAUUGUCACUUAGUUUCUCCAAAACAACAUUAGAUGAUAAGGCUUCCUUUUCUACUGAGGCAUCAAAAGACCUUCCGGAGGUCUCAACCUAUCGCCUUGCUUGUCUAAACAAGCCAGAGGCACCGGUGCUAAUAGCAGGGGCUAUAGUUGCCAUCAUAUCUGGGGCAAUACUACCUGUUCUUGGCUUUCUAACUGCUAACAUGAUCAAGACUUUUUUUGAGUUGCCUGAUAAAUUGAAAAAGGAUUCAAAAUUCUGGGCUUUGAUGUAUUUCAUUCUUGGAAUCGUAUCACUGAUUGCAUAUUCAUCAAGGUCGUAUUUGUUUGGUGUGGCUGGGAAUAAGUUGAUUAAGCGAAUUAGACUAAUGUGUUUUGAGAAGCUGGUUAGCAUGGAGAUAGGAUGGUUUGAUAUGACUGAAAACUCCAGCGGUGUGAUUAGUUCAAGGCUCUCGACCGAUGCAGCUAUGAUCCGUUCUCUCGUUGGAGAUGCCUUAGCAAAAAUUCUUCAAGAAGCCACCGCACUUCUAGUCGGAUUGGCUAUAGCUUUUGAAGCAUGUUGGCAGUUGGCACUCAUAGUUAGUGCAAUGAUGCCCCUCUUAGGAUUGAAUAACUAUGUACAAAUGAAGUCUGCCAAACGGUUUUACUCGAAAGCAAAGAUGAUGAACGAGAAAGCGAGUCAAGUAGCAAACGAUUCUGUUGGUAAUAUGAGAACGGUAGCUUCGUUUUGUGUUCAAGAAAAGAUUAUGAAGAUUUACAAGGAGAAAUGUGAAGGGCCAGCUACAAGUGGAACAAAACUAGGAUUGAUUGGUGGGAUAGGAUUUGGUUUAUCUAUAUGCUUUCUGUAUUUGGUUUAUGCUGCUAGCUUUUAUACAGGUGCUCGACUCGUUGAGGAUGGAAAAGCUACCACUUCUGAGGUGUUCCGUGUUUUCUUUGUUCUAUCCAUGGUGGCUAUUGCAAUAUCUACUUGGACCGCCAUGGCUCCGGAUUCGAGCAAAGCAAAAGCUGCAGCCGCUUCCGUAUUUGCUAUUCUUGAUGGAAAAUCCAAGAUCGAUCCUAGCGAUGACUCAGGCAUCACUCUAGAAAAUAUUAAUGGAGAACUUGAGUUCAAACAUGUCAACUUCAGCUAUCCAACUAGGCCAGACAUUCAGAUUUUGAAGGAUCUUUCUUUGACAGUCAGCAGCUGCAAGAUAGUUGGUCUAGUUGGAGAGAGUGGAAGUGGCAAAUCAACUGUCAUCUCAUUACUCCAACGAUAUUAUGAAUGUGAUUCUGGUAAUAUCACACUUGAUGGGAUUGAGAUACGCAAGCUCCAGCUGAAAUGGCUAAGGGAGCAGAUGGGGCUGGUGAACCAAGAGCCCGUUUUGUUCAAUGACACAAUCCGAGCAAACAUCGCCUAUGGAAAAGGAGAAGCUGCAACCGAGGCAGAAAUCAUAGCUGCAGCAAAAUCAGCAAAUGCGCAUGAAUUCAUCAGCGGAUUGAGCCAGGGAUAUGAUACAGUAGUUGGAGAGAGAGGGGUUCAGCUGUCGGGAGGGCAGAAGCAGCGCGUGGCAAUUGCAAGAGCCAUAAUCAAAAAGCCGAUGAUACUGCUACUAGACGAAGCAACAAGUGCGUUGGAUGCUGAGUCUGAGAAGAUAGUUCAAGAAGCGCUUGACAAAGUAAUGGUAAACAGAAGCACAAUUGUGGUAGCACAUAGGUUAUCUACAAUCAAGGGAGCAGACACGAUUGCUGUGUUCAGGAAUGGAUGCAUUGUGGAGAAAGGGAACCACCACAGCUUGAUCAAUAUAAAAGAUGGUUACUACUCUGGUCUAGUAAGAAUUCACCAUACUGCAUUGCCUUAAAUAAUUUUCUUCGAUGUAUAAAAUUAUUUCUUUAUCUUUGUCGUAGAUUGUUAAAUAUAGACUACUUCAAUUAUGUAAUAAUAUUCUACUCUUGAAGUAACUUUAAUGGUUCGAGUACAUACUAUUAUUAAGAAAAUCAAGAAACUAAAAAUGAGGUGUAAAUACCUUUUACA